GUUCUGCUGGACUGAGCUGGUUGCCUUCUGUUUUUUUGUAGGCGACUCACUUUAUCCCAACUUCUUGAUACUUCUGCUUCUGGAGGUCAUAUUUCCUAACAUCUUCCAGAAAAGUCUUAAAGCUGCCUUAACGUUUUUUCCAGUCCACCUCUUAAAAUUUUUUUCUCCUCUUCCUCAAUACUAACAUGAGUGUGGAUCCAGCUUGUCCCCAAAGCUUGCCUUGCUUGGAAGCAUCCGACGGUAAAGAAUCUUCACCUAUGCCUGUGAUUUGUGGGCCUGAAGAAAACUAUCCAUCCUUGCAAAUGUCUUCUGCUGAGAUGCCUCACACGGAGACUGUCUCUCCUCUUCCUUCCUCCAUGGAUCUGCUUAUUCAGGACAGCCCCGAUUCUUCUACCAGUCCCAAAGGCAAACAACCUGCUGCAGAGAAUAGUGCCACAAAAAAGGAAGACAAGGUCCUGGUCAAGAAACAGAAGGCCAGAACUGUGUUCUCUUCCGCCCAGCUGUGUGUACUCAAUGAUAGAUUUCAGAGACAGAAAUACCUCAGCCUCCAGCAGAUGCAAGAACUUUCCAACAUCCUGAACCUCAGCUACAAACAGGUGAAGACCUGGUUCCAGAACCAGAGAAUGAAAUCUAAGAGGUGGCAGAAAAACAACUGGCCAAAGAAUAGCAAUGGUGUGACUCAGAAGGCCUCAGCACCUACCUACCCCAGCCUCUACUCUUCCUGCCACCAGGGAUGCCUGGUGAACCCGACUGGGAACCUUCCGACGUGGAGCAACCAGACCUGGAACAAUUCAUCCUGGAGCAACCAGACCCAGAACAUCCAGUCCUGGAGCAACCACUCCUGGAAUGCUCAGACCUGGUGCACCCAGUCCUGGAACAAUCAGGCCUGGAACAGUCCCUUCUAUAACUGUGGAGAGGAAUCUCUGCAGUCCUGCUUGCAGUUCCAGCCAAAUUCUCCUGCCAGUGACUUGGAGGCUGCUUUGGAAGCUGCUGGGGAAGGCCUUAAUGUAAUACAGCAGACGACUAGGUAUUUGAGUACUCCACAAACCAUGGAUUUAUUCCUAAACUACUCCACGAACAUGCAACCUGAAGAUGUGUGAAGAUGAGUGAAAUUGAUAUUACUCAAUUUCAGUCUGGGCACUGGCUGAACCUUCCUGUCCCCUCCUCCCCUCCCUGAUAGGAUUUUUCUCGUUUGGAAACCAUGUGUUCCGGUUUCCAUUAUGCCUAUCCAGUCAAUUUGAUGGAGGGUGCAGUAUGGCUGGAGCC